CAAAAGAACAAACAUGGCGGACGAGGACGUUGAGAUGGACAAUUUUUCGGAAGACAGAGCUGAAUCGGCGAGUGAUUUCGCUGGAGAUGAUGAAAAUGAAAAGAUGGAUGCAUAUGACACACUGGAGAGUGAGCCAGAGAUACGAGUGGACAGGAGCCUCACUGACAGUGAUCUUAUGAUAGCCUUAGCUCAAGUGUCUGAGAACAAACACAUGAUGCCUGGAAAUGGACAUAUUAAACGUGAUCUUAACGCGAGUUUGAGCAGCAGCAUUAGCAGCCUUGGUAGUAGUCUUAACAGCAGUGGAUUACUCCUCAGUAAAGGCAAGGAAAGCACAGGUUCAGUGCCUAGGAAAUCUGCUAGAGGAAAGCGUAAAUUGGACAGUAGUCAACAAUUAUCCUCAUCUAAAAAAACAAAGAGCGAUAUACCUCCUUCCCAGAAACUGCCACCCCAUGGCUACCCAUUAGAGCAUCCUUUUAAUAAGGAUGGAUACAGAUAUAUUUUGGCAGAACAAGAUCCAAAUGCCCCUCUAGCAAAUAUGGACAUGGAAUUCUGGGCUGGGAAACCCAUUCCUGGAGAUCUUUACAGAAUUAAAUUACACAAGGAAGUUCUUCUAUCUAUGAAUGAUAGAGCUCCUCAACUCAAGUUAUCUGAUGAUAGACUAUCAGUGACAGGAGAAAAAGGCUACUGCAUGUUACGUGCCACUCAUGGUGUCUCCAAGGGAAACUGGUACUUUGAGGCUACUGUAGACAUACCUCCAGAUACAGCCACAAGAAUUGGCUGGUCACAGCUUUAUGGAAAUCUACAAGCUCCUUUAGGUUAUGAUAAAUUUAGUUAUUCUUGGAGAAGUAAAAAGGGUACAAGAUUCCAUGAGAGUAGAGGCAAACACUACAGUAGUGAUGGAUAUUCAACUGGUGAUGUAAUAGGGUUUUUUAUCAGUCUACCACAAAAUGACAGACAUCCAGCGGGAUUUCUUCCUGCGACGUAUAAAGAUAAGGCAUUAAUAAAGUUCAAAAGUCAUCUUUACUUUGAAGAAAAAGAUCACGUGGACAAGGCGGAAAAGAACCUAAAACCUGUGCCAGGAAGUCAGGUAAAAUUCUACAAAAACGGUGUUUGUCAGGGAGUGGCGUGGCAGGAGAUCUAUGACGGAACCUAUUAUCCGGCUGUAUCGCUGUAUAAGAAUGCUACGGUCACCAUCAAUUUCGGGCCUGAUUUUAAACAUCCACCACCAGAUGAAGAAUUCCAACCGAUGAGCUUUAAAGCUAUGGAAUUUGCUGUGGAACAGAGUUUAUCAGACCUGUUGUCCCAUGUGGAUUCACAAGACAGACCCGUUCCAAUCCCUGAGAAAAUCCUAGUCCCUCCAAAGAGGAAGUGACGUAUAUUCACCUUCUACCGCUGACAGCUUCAGUAUUGCCACGUCACAUUCACCAAAUGCUUUGAAGUGUUUCCAGACGUCAAAGACAGAGACCAAACUUGAGAGGCGCUGGUGAGGGAUUUGACCGCCAGAAAGCAGCCAUACGUUGGUCUUGCAAUGUGCUCGCCGGAAAAGUCCAGUCAAGUAUUAAAUUAUGUCAGCUUUUUUUCGAAUCCUUUCAAGGAUUUUGUGCAUCAUUUAUUUGACUGGAAAGAUGCAGUUACUUUUUUUGUGUUUGGAACAAGAUAAGUAUUUCGUACGCAGUAUAACACUUGUAAAGUAUGUCGUACGGUUCUAGUGGUGCUGUUUUGAGCAUAAACAAUACAGAGUUCAAAAGAUUUGUGAACAAUUGCCAUUUACAAAUGAGUGAAUUUUUAUAUUCUAAUUUCUUUCUCUUCCAAUGAUAUUUUUUAUUGGCUUUUUGAGACGUGCUCUCGUGUUUACUUGGCGUAUUAUUCAGUUUAGCCAAACCAGCAAUCAUUUGUACCAUAAGAUUCAGCAUAAAGUAAGCUUUUAUACAUGUUACAAUGCGCAUAAUUAGGGUCUUUUUUUAUCUAAUAAAGCACAAUUUCUCUGG